CUGAACGAAUAUGGGCAGAACUUUGACGGCGUGUUCUGUCGGUGCGGGAGAGAGUACGACGCGCAGACGGAGGUGGAGACCAUGAUACAGUGUUUGACAUGUGAGGAUUGGUACCAUGAAUCGUGCCUCAACAUUCGCGAACGUCCCACGUCCCGCGCAUCGUCCCCUGAGACCAGUGCUCACGAAGCGAAACCCAGCGGAGCCGAGGAUGAGGAUGCCGACGCGCAUUCCGAGGCUUCAUCCUCGGGAUUACCGCCUCCCUUGGUCACUGCAUCGAUGUACGACGUACUGGUCUGCAGCGCAUGUGUCGCCAAGAUCGACACCCUUCGACGAUAUGCCGGGACCCCCGGCGUGCUGAUGGUCGUUCGAGAUACCCCUCAAGACGGCUGGAAGCUCAUUGGACGCCCUGAAGACCAAAGCCAACACGUCGACAUUGGCACAAAUUCUAAGCCUUUUGACAAUGCGACGACGGGAGACAAGCGAACACCGUCGCCUUCGGCAGAGGAUACACAGCAAGCGAAGCGGUUGCGUACUGCAUCGCCGGCCGAUGAGGCUCGCACUUCCGUACUGCCUUUGUCUCGGCCUCAACCCUGCCUCGCACCGGGACCGAACCCAAAGGCGCAGGACAUUUUGUCUGCGGCAAGGAUCGGAGCUCCGAAAGGCUCCGCAGAGUCGCUUGGUGCAGGCGACAUUUUCCUUACGCAUGGCUGGAGAGACCGGUGGUGUCGUUGCAGCUCGUGUCUUUCCUCUCUGGAAGCUAACUCCUUGCUCGAGGAGGAGGAGACUUACGAGCCUCCCGAGGAUCCAGACUCAGGCUUGUCGCUCGAGGAGCUAGGUCUCCGAGCGCUGCAACGGCUUCCCCGCGAACGCGCUCUCAACGGUAUCCAGGCGUUCAACGAGAUGAGGGAUCAGCUGAUGUCCCACCUACGGCCCUUCGCAGAGCAGGACAAGGAAGUAACCGAGGCAGAUAUCAGGGCCUUCUUUGAGACGAGAAUGUCUGAGAAGGAUUCCUAGUUCUCUAGUAGAAUACUGUUUUUGCGAGGAGAAGAUGAGAUGCCACUACCGAACUGGUCUUUUUUUGGAGAAC